GUAAACAAAGUGAAAAUUUUCGCAAAGUGACGCUAAGUCGUUCGGUGAUCUCGGUUUUAAGACGGAUUUCAGUGGAAAUGGUGGUUUAAAACUAAUAGCCAGGGAUGAGUCGACGACUGGCCAAGUUGCACAAACCGUGCGACAAGUUGGACAAGUACGACAAUGAGCCGUACAUGCAGAACCCGUUGUUGAACCUAUUCCUGUCUGAGGUGAAAGAACGGCGUCAUUACAGUUUUAUACAGCGGAAAGCUGCUGCGGAAAAAGUUAAAAUCUGCCGUCGCAAAACCGAAGACUUGGAUGACGUUAUCCCAAAACCGGAAUCGUAUUACGCCGAUCAACUUCGUGAACAUGCUAAGCGUGCUCCGGUGCCCAAAAUGCUUACGCGGACCGAGGAAAAAAUCUUGUCAUAUGUACCAAAACGCCUUCGACAGCAAUAUCCAACCGUACUGGCUAACUACAUGGCAGACGUACACGAAGACUUCGAUAAGGUCAUGAAAGCGUUCAGCUGUCAGAAAAUUUUCAAACCCGCUCCCGACGACUAUGUUCCACCGAGAGAGAAAUUUGAAUUCAAGCGCCUCGGACGCACAAAAAAUUACAAAAACUUCCUUAAGAACAAAGCCGCUAUCCAGAAGAACCUGCUGAUUCCACAUCCGUUCAUUCGGUGCAUCAUUCACUAUUCGUAUACGGACCUUCCGACCGUACUGAACGAUUACCACAAAUAUAGGAUGAAGGAUGAGAUUACCCUGAAUGAGCUUCGCGACAUGGCCAAGAAGGAACUCCAAGGAUACAACAACUUCAUCGCCCAGGAAUGGUAUCCGAAGAUUGCGCGGAUACUGAAAAAGCAUUUCGAUCGUCGUACGCUUCCGAAAUCGAUGUGGCCGAAAGUGAUCAACUGCGCUUCGGGUCUCAUCAACCGUCAGCUUACGGAGCUAAAAUUGCGUACCAUCGAGCAUCUGCGACAAACCGUACUCAACGUACACAAAAUUCCGCAGAUGAAGAUGAUUGCUAUCUGUGAGAAUGGAUUGGUGGAUUUGUUCCCAAACUUGAAGGAUAUUUACAGCGUGUACCAGAACGCGAUCGAGGACAUUGCCAUCGUUGGUUCCCGAUUGGAGCCACUGGAAAAUGUGCUCGAUGCUCAGGCAUUUGUGACCAAGUCCAACUUUAUGAAGGUCGUGGUUGGAGAGAUCACUCUACAGGAAGCUCACGACGCAUUACAGCUGGCUCUUGAAAAGACCUUCGAACCAUUGGCAUUAUAUUUGAAGGAUUUUCAGGAACAGUUCAACGGAUUGAUCAGCCCCGAAACCCAAGACGAAUUGGAUGAGUUUUUGAACGAGCCGCGUUCGUUCGAGGAGUAUUUGCAGAAGAUCGACUACUUCCAAGCGUACAGCGAUAAGAUCAAAAACAUGGUGAUGAAAGAGUACUUCUAUGUGGCCAUCGUGAAUCAAUCGGAUGCAAUCGGCAGCGUAAGGAAAAUGGUGCGGGAGUACAUUGAGCGGAUUGCGGCCCACAUUGCGGUGGAACAUAGGAAGGAGAGUCAACGAAUUUGUAAGGAGUUUGAGGAAAUCAAGGAUCGGGCGCUGGAGAUUCCGAUCUCGACCGAGCAGCUGAUGGCAAACGGGGAGUACAUGACUCGGGCCAAAACUGUUGUCAUCGAGGAACUGCGGGAGAAGAUCCAAGAAUCGAUGAGGAUUGGCGCCUAUUUAGUCGAACUGUUGGAACUGCCACCAGACCAUAUGGACGUGCAAGUGGAAAGCAUAAACUGGUAUUUCCGCAUUCAGGCCGUUUUCGACAUAAACUCGACCAAUUUUGAAACCUAUAAGUUCCAGUUUGAGGAGAAGCUGCAGGAGGUGACGAAGCAGCUGAACGAGAAAAUGGAGGAAAUGAUUCCGAAAAUUGCAAUUAUAAACGAUAUGACCGAAACGGAGAAGUUCCGAGAGUACGUGAUGCUUUUGCAAAGUUAUAUCGAUCAAAUUUUUGUCUUCGAGGAUUAUGUAAAGUGGAUCAAUAAGGAAGAAGUGCUGUUCAAGUUUCCGAAAUCGCAAUACUCGGUACUGGAAGCGAUCAAAACGUUCAUCGUGCCGUUCUAUAAACUGAUCAGGUUAUGCAUGCGUUGGCUACGCUACUACAAUGUCUGGAUGGAUGGCCCGUUCGAAUAUCUAGAACCGCACUUUGUGGAAUCCAAAACUGAGGAAUUCCUGAAGGAGUUCCAAAAGACCCAGAAGUAUUACCGGAAUCGCAUUAAGGCGGACAUGCUCGAGAAUACACUUUGCAAAUUCAAGGGUCAAACGGAAGAUCCAGAUCCGGAGAAGCAUCCGUGCCCGCUAAAGCUGUGUGCACGGAUGGCACAGUCCAUUAAGGAUUUCCACCUGGGCGUUUACAUCGUCAACAUCAUGUGUAAUCCGGCGCUGAAGGAUCGCCAUUGGGACGAGAUGUCGGAGAUAGCCGGAUUCGACCUGACGCCGGAUGCCGGAACUACUCUGCGCAAAAUUAUCAACCAUCAGUUGGACAAAGAUUUGGAUAAGUUUGAAAUCAUCAGCAUCGGCGCGAACAAGGAGCUCCAGUUGCAGAAGAACCUGGCGUCGAUGAUCAGAGAGUGGGAGACCAUCGAGUUCAAGUUGAAUCCCUUCAAAGAAACCGGUUUGAAUAUUUUGUCCGGACUGGAUGAGAUACAGGCGGUGCUGGACGACCACAUUAUCAAGACAUUGGCAAUGCGCGGGUCGGCUUUCGUAAAACCGUGCGAGAAGGAAGUUAAGGAAUGGUACAAAACUCUCACUCGCGUGAACAAAACCAUUGAGCAGUGGGGAAAGGUGCAAAGCACGUGGCUGUAUUUGCUUCCGAUAUUCUCAUCGGCGGAUAUUGUAGCCCAAAUGCCGAACGAGGGCAGAAUGUUUCAACAGGUGGACAAAACCUACCGGAUGUACAUGAAGAUUGUCGAGGCAAACCGUUCGGUGAUGAAUGUGGCGGCGGCCAAAGGUGUUCUGGAAGCUCUUGAAGAAUCCAAUGAACUCAUGGAAGAGAUCACAAAUGGCGUUAACGAAUACCUGGAGAAGAAGCGGUUGUAUUUCCCAAGAUUCUUCUUCUUAUCGAACGAUGAAAUGCUGGAGAUUCUAUCGGAAACAAAAGACCCACUCAGGGUACAGCCUCACUUGAGCAAAUGUUUCGAGGGGGUGAAUCGAUUGGAGUUCGACCAGGCGUUGGACAUUCGAUCGAUGUUCAGCAUUGAAAAGGAGCAGGUUCAGUUUGUGGAGAAAGUGUCCACUUCGGAAGCUCGCGGAAGUGUGGAGAAAUGGUUGCUCCGAGUGGAGGAAGAGAUGUUGCGGGCAGUAUUCCACGAAAUGCGAGAGAGCUACGUGGCAUACAAGGAUAAACCACGUCACGCUUGGGUACUGGACUGGCCCGGCAUGGUAGUGCUUUGUGUUUCGCAGAUAUACUGGGCGGCGAACAUCCACGCCAGUCUUGGACAAAAGCCGGACGCGAUUGUCCAGUUAUUUGAGCAGUUACAGAAAGAGUUGAUGGAUGUUGUGAUGCUAAUCAGAUCGAAGGAGAUCACCAAUUUGGACCGUAUCACGAUCAAGGCGUUGAUCGUUAUCGAUGUUCAUGCAAAGGAUGUUGUAAAUGAUUUGAUAAAACAGGGGAUACACUCGGAAAAUGAUUUCCAGUGGUUGGCACAGUUGCGGUACUAUUGGAGCGACACCGAAGUGACGGUAAAGAUCAUCAACGCUUCAGUCCCAUUUGCUUGUGAAUAUCUGGGUAAUUCGGAUCGGCUAGUUAUAACUCCGCUGACGGAUCGUUGCUACCGAACGUUGAUGGGGGCAUAUCAGUUGCAUCUGAAUGGUGCACCGGAAGGUCCCGCCGGAACCGGAAAGACAGAAACCACUAAAGAUUUAGCGAAAGCUUUGGCCGUGCAGUGUAAGGUUUUCAACUGUUCCGAUGGGUUGGACUACAAGGCGAUGGGAAAAUUCUUCAAGGGUCUCGCAUCAUCUGGGGCGUGGGCUUGUUUCGACGAGUUCAACAGAAUUGAAUUGGAAGUGUUGUCAGUGGUUGCGCAACAGAUCUUAUGCAUAAUCGUUGCCGUUCGAGCUGGAGUGCAAAAGUUCAUUUUUGAAGGUACGGAAUUGAACCUGAAUCCGGCGUGCUAUGUUUGUAUUACGAUGAAUCCAGGGUAUGCGGGACGGUCGGAACUCCCGGAUAAUCUAAAGGUGCUCUUCCGAACCGUAGCUAUGAUGGUACCAGACUAUGCUAUGAUUGGAGAAAUAUCGCUGUAUUCGUUCGGGUUCACCAACGCUCGGACAUUGGCGGUCAAAAUCGUUACCACCUACCGGCUUUGUUCGGAACAACUGUCUUCGCAAAAUCAUUAUGAUUACGGAAUGCGAGCCGUUAAAACUGUACUUCAAGCAUGUGGAAAUCUUAAAAAGGCAUUUCCAGAUGAAGAUGAAGAGAUCCUGCUUCUAAGAUCACUUCUGGAUGUGAACCUGCCAAAGUUUCUCAGGAAAGACGUACCACUAUUCGAAGGAAUCAUUUCGGAUCUGUUUCCCGGAGUGUCGCUUCCACAAGCAGAUUACACAUUACUGACCAACGCGUUCAACGAUGUCUGCCGGGAAAUGAAGUUGCAACCCAAGGACACCUUCCUGACGAAAGUUAUUCAAACCUAUGAAAUGAUCAUCGUUCGGCACGGUUUUAUGUUGGUCGGACUGCCGUUCUCGGGAAAGUCCAUGACCCUAAAAGUUCUGUCCGAAUGUUUGACACGGUUAAAAGGCAAAAGUGACAAUCCUUACUUCCAGCGCGUUCGCUACGAAGUAGUGAACCCCAAGGCAAUCACAAUGGGUCAGCUAUACGGUGCUUUCGAUCCGGUUUCAUACGAAUGGACGGACGGAAUUUCUUCGACGAUUUUCCGACGAUUCGCCAUCGAUACGGAACCCGAUCGGAAAUGGCUGAUCUUCGACGGACCGGUGGAUGCGGUCUGGAUCGAGAACAUGAACACGGUGCUGGACGAUAAUAAGAAGCUGUGUUUGACCUCGGGAGAAGUCAUCACAAUGACCGGUGAAAUGUCGAUGAUUUUUGAGGUUAUGGAUUUGGAGCAAGCAUCCCCAGCGACGGUAUCGCGGUGUGGGAUGAUUUACAUGGAACCGUCGGUGAUUGGAUGGGAAGCAUUUGUGAAAUCGUGGAUUCAGCGGUGCAACCGUCAAUGGACGGCGGACUGGGAGGAGCUGCUGUUGGAGAUCUUCCGUUGGGUGAUUCCGGAUUGUUUGACGUUUAUCAGGCGACAGUGCCGGCAGUACUUGCACCCGGGAGACAUAAACCUGUUGACCAGUACGAUGAAUAUCUUUCAAAUGGUGAUUGAUGAGGCGGUUCAUGAGAGCCCGGACGAGUAUGGGAAGUAUUUGUUCACGUGGUUUCAAGCGGCAUUGAUGUAUUCAGUCGUUUGGGGGCUGGGCGGUAUUUUGGAUAUGGAGUCGAAGGUGAAGUUUGACGAAUUCUAUCGAGAGAUUUGGAAGGGCACAGAUGAGAAUCAUCCUGUUCCGGAAGCUCUUGGAAAAAUCGAUGUGUCAAUGCCGGGAGAGGGAAUGAUCAUGGAUUACGUGUACUACUUCAAGCAAAAGGGGAACUGGCGCUUUUAUCCGGACAUGGUCAGACAGAUGAAGAACGAAGUGGGCAUAACUCUACUUGUUCCUACAUUGGACUCGGUCCGUUACAUGCAUAUGCUGGAUAUUCAUGUGAAGAACAAGAAGCCCCUCCUGUUGGUAGGACCAACGGGUACAGGAAAAACCUACUACUUCCAGAAUUACUUGAUGAGCAAAAUGGAUCAAACCACAUUCCUGCCGACGCUUAUCACCUUUACAUCUCAGAUCACCGCUAACCAAACGCAAGAGUUGAUCAUUUCCAAAUUGCUCAAGAAAAAGCGAGGACACUACGGACCUCCUGACAACAAAACGGCCGUUCUGUUCAUAGACGACAUGAAUAUGCCAGCCAAGGAAAUCUACGGAGCACAACCGCCAAUAGAGUUGAUCAGGCAGUACUUCGACUACAGCCAUUGGUACGAUCUGAAAGACGCAUCCAAACUCUUCCUGGAAAAGAUCCUCAUAAUGACAUCGUGCGGUCUGCCGGGAGGUAGCCGUCAGAACGUCUACGAACGAUUCCUAUGCCACUUUGACAUUUUCGCAAUCAGUAACUUCAACGACGAAACCAUGUUCAAGAUAUUCAGCAACGUUCUGCUGGACGGGUACAAGAAGGGUGGCCACGCCACGGAUGUCACCACGAUGGUCAACAUGAUCGUCAACGCAACCCUGGACACCUAUCAGUUUGCGUGUGCAAAACUGUUGCCUACCCCAGCCAAGUCGCAUUAUAUCUUCAACCUGCGGGACGUUUCCCGGGUGAUCAGCGGUUGCUCGAUGUUGAAGCGCGAAUCAGUCGAAAGCAAGAAAGUGUUUCCUCGUCUAUGGAUGCACGAAGCAAUGCGCGUUUUCUACGACCGUUUGGUCAACGACACCGAUCGAUUGUUUGUGUUCGACAAGUUGAACCAAAAUUUGAAGACGUUCUUCAAGGAACGCACGGAGAUUCUGUUGCCGGAUUUCUUCGACGAGCAAACGGGGGCGACAAAGUUAGGAAGUUUGAACAAUUUGAUGUUUGGAAGCUACUUCGAUACGGAUGCCGAGCCAGAAGACCGAAAAUACGAAGAAACGGCGCAGGUGGAGCAAUUUCGCGAUUUGGCCAAUCGAGAUCUAGCGGAAUACAACAGCACGCAUAAAGCGAAGAUGGAUAUCGUUUUGUUCCAGUAUGCUUUGCAGCAUCUGAACAAAAUUUGUCGCAUCAUGUCGAUGGCUGGGGGAAGCUGUUUGCUGGUUGGAAUGGGCGGGUCUGGACGACAAUCUUUGACAAAGCUGGCGGCUCAAAUAUGUGGCCAAUCGUUGUUCCAACCGGAGAUCACCAAAUACUACGGAAUAAAUGAGUGGCGAGAAGACUUGAAGAAGGUGCUGAAGGAAGCAGGUGGAAUGGGUCGUGAUACAGUAUUCUUGUUGACGGAAGCUCAGCUGAAGGAUGAAGGCUUCCUUCAGGACAUCGAUUGCCUUCUCAAUAUUGGAGAAGUGCCGAACAUCUACCCGAUUGAUGAGAAACAGGAAAUUCUGGAAAUGGUGAGAUUGGCUGCGCAAGGUGGGAAUCGCAACUUGGACAUCAGUCCAUUGGAAGUGUUCCAGUUCUUUGUCAAUCGCUGCAAGCAAAAGCUCCACAUCGUGAUCUGUUUCAGUCCGAUCGGGUCGGUCCUAAGAACCCGUAUCCGUCUGUAUCCCUCCUUGGUGAACUGCUGCACAAUCAACUGGUUCGAUGCGUGGCCAGAGGAUGCGCUGGAGAAGGUCGCCGAAAUGUACAUGAAAGAACUGAACGUGGCUACAUCUGUGAAGGAAUCCAUUGUCGUUACCUGCAAGCACUUCCACGUAGUAGCUCGCGAUGUGUCUGCCGAGUUCACCAAAGCAACGGGACGAGUCACCUACAUCACUUCCGCUUCCUAUCUGGAACUCAUCAAGUGUUUCCGUAAUCUAACUAAGAAGCACCAAACCGAAAUCUUAGAGAACAAGAUGCGAUACCUUGGAGGACUGGAAAAGUUGGAUGCUGCCGCAGAAGCUGUAUCGACAAUGCAGAAGGAGCUCAACGCCUUACAACCGACGCUAAUAAUAAUGGCCGAGGAAUCCCGGAAAAUGACCGAAGAAAUCGAAAAGGAAUCCAUAGAAGCAGCUGCCGCCACGGAACAGGUCAAGAAGGACGAAAUUGUGGCGAACAUUCAGGCAGCCGAAACACAGGCUCUGAUGGCGGACUGCGAAAAGGAUCUCGCUGGAGCGAUCCCCAUCUUGGAGGAAGCCAUUCAAGCGCUGAAUACAUUGAAGCAAAACGACAUAACCUUGGUCAAGUCGAUGAAGAACCCACCCGAAGUGAUCAAACUGAUUAUGGCUGCCGUUUGCGUGAUGAAGGGUAUCACACCGGACAAGGUCACCGACCAGGCCACCGGAAAGAAGAUGCUGGAUUAUUGGGCUCCCAGUAAGCGUCUGCUGGGAGAUAUCAACUUCCUGCAAACGUUGAAAGACUACGACAAGGAACACAUCAAUCCGGAUGUCAUGAAGAAAAUUCGAAAGGAUUUCAUUCCCCACAAGGACUUCCAACCUCACAUCGUUGCGAAGGCGUCCAGCGCAGCGGAAGGUCUCUGCAAGUGGAUCAUUGCAAUGGAUUUGUACGAUGCGGUGGCGAAAAUUGUAGCUCCGAAGAAGGAGAAAUUACGUCUAGCGGAAAACGCAUACGCGGAAACGAAGAAGAUUUUGGCAGACAAACGCCAACUAGCGGCCGACCUCGAGAAGAAGGUUGCCGAGUUGAAUGAAAAUCUGGAGGAGGCGAAUCGUAAGAAACAAGAAGUGGAAGACGAAGUUCAAACAUGCAAGGAGAAACUGCAAAGGGCUGAGAUGUUGAUCGGAGGACUUGGAGGGGAGAAAAGCCGUUGGACGGCAUCGGCGGAGCGACUGCAACAGCUGUAUGACGACCUGGCGGGAGACAUUCUGGUGUCCAGUGGAGUGAUUGCGUAUCUGGCUCCAUUGACGGCCACUUUCCGUCAUCGUUGUAUUGAGAAUUGGCAUGCUUUUGUUAUCAAGAUGAAAAUUCCUUGCUCGCAAAGCUACAGCUUGGUCGAUAUAUUGGGGUCAAUGAUCAAGAUCCAGAAUUGGAACAUCUCUGGCCUUCCGACGGAUGCUUUCUCGGUUGAAAACGGCAUCAUAAUGGAUUGCUCUAAUCGGUACAGUUUGUUCAUUGAUCCACAACUACAAGCGAACAAAUGGAUCAGAAAUAUGGAGAGGAACAAUCAUCUGCAGAUUCUAAAGUUCUCACAAGGGGAUUACAUGAAACGACUGGAAUCUUGCAUAGAACAUGGCUAUCCAGCAUUGAUCGAGAACAUAUUCGAAGACUUGGAAGCUCCUCUGGAUCCCCUUCUGAAUCGGAACACGUUCGUACAGGGAGGAGUUGAAUAUCUGAGCUUGGGUGACAACGUGAUUCCAAUUUCUCCAAAAUUCCGACUCUAUCUAACUUCGGGACUAAGAAAUCCACACUAUCUACCGGAAGUGUUCAAUAAGGUGACGAUUAUAAAUUUUGCACUGACUAUCCAGGGUUUGGAAGAUCAGUUGCUCGGUAUUGUGGUAGCAAAGGAACGCCCUGACCUGCAAGAACUUCGACAAACUCUGAUUGUCCAGGGUGCAAAGAAUGUGGCCAUGCUGAAGGAAGUUGAGGAUAAGAUUUUGAAAACGUUGUCGGAGAGUAAGGGCGAUAUUUUGGAGGAUGAGACCGCGAUCAAGAUCUUGGAUGAUUCGAAACGCAUUUCAAUCGAUAUUGUUAAGAAACAAGAGGACUCGAAGGAAAUAGAAGCGAAAAUAGAAGCAUUCCGUCAGAGCUAUCGUCCUGUAGCGGCCCACUCAUCCACGCUGUAUUAUUGCAUUACGGAGCUGCCGAAUAUCGAUCCGAUGUAUCAAUUCUCACUAUCUUGGUUCAUAAACCUGUACAUCUACUCGAUUGAAAACGCCAAUAGAACUAAAGAUCUGCUCCGUCGGUUGAAAUUCCUCAUGGAUGCAGUAACUCUAAAUCUGUAUAACAACGUUUGCCGAUCACUAUUCGAGAAGGAUAAACUUCUGUUCUCAUUUGUGUUGACAACGAAGAUAAUGAUUUCCUGCCACCAAAUAGAUGUCAAAGAAUUUGAAUUUCUUUUGCUCGGCGGAGAAAGAAGUGCGAUCGAUCUUCCCAAUCCGGAUAGAAGUUGGAUAACCGACAAACUCUGGGAGGAUGUUCGACGAUUAGAACAGUUGCCGGAAUUUUCUGGCUUCGUAGACGAUUUCGUCAAGUCGACGGAUGCUUGGAAACGCUAUUACGACGUUGAGGAUACUCACCUGGAAAAACUACCCUCUCCUUGGCAGGAGAAGACCAACCGGUUCGAAAAACUCAUAGUCCUCCGUACAUUCCGACCGGACAAGGUUGUACUCGCAAUCACCGAAUUUGUUGCAUCGGAGAUGGGGCCGGCCUAUGUUCUUCCACCUCCAUUCGACAUAGCGCGAUCCUUCGAAGACUCCAACUGCCUAACACCACUAAUCUUCAUCCUGUCUCCGGGGGCAGAUCCAAUGAACGCACUCCUCCUCUUUGCCGAAAAAAUGGGAUUCGACGAAACUUUUCAAGCGAUAUCCCUCGGUCAAGGUCAGGGUCCGAUUGCACAAAAAAUCAUCGAAAAAGCACAGGACGAAGGAACCUGGGUCUGUCUCCAAAACUGUCACCUCGCAGCCUCCUGGAUGCCAACGUUGGAGUUCUUGUGGGAAAACAUGGACCUCUUUAACACUACAUCUUCCUUCCGGCUAUGGCUGACCAGCUACCCUUCGGAACAAUUCCCAACCAGCAUUCUACAGAACGGCAUCAAAAUGACCAACGAACCACCAACCGGACUGCAGCAAAACCUCCUACGAUCUUACAACUCGGAACCUAUGAAUGAUGACACUUUCUACACGGGCUGUGCUGGAAAGGACCGCUCCUUCUCUAAACUACUGUACGGAAUUUGCUUCUUCCACGCAGUCGUCCAGGAACGUCGUAAAUUCGGUCCACUCGGGUGGAACAUUUCCUACGGCUUCAACGAAUCCGAUUUCCAGAUCUCGGUUCUUCAGUUGCAAAUCUUCCUAAACCAGUACGACGACAUUCCAUACAUGGCCAUCUCCUACCUGACUGGCGAGUGCAACUACGGAGGACGGGUCACCGACGCUUGGGAUCGCCGAGCUAUUAUGACGAUUCUGGCCGAUUACAUCAACGAUCGAGUCGUCAAUGAUCCAAAAUACCGAUUCUCAAACCAAGGCGAUUGCUACGGAGUUCCACUGAGAAACGAACACCGCGAAUAUGUGGCGCACAUUAGGAACAAUGUUCCGAACUAUCCCAGUCCCGCUGUCUACGGACUGCAUCCGAAUGCCGGUAUUACCCGGGACCUUAACGCGUCCAAGGUGCUGCUGGAGUCGAUGCUGAUGACACAGGGAGGAUCAUCGGAGAUGAGCGACGUCGACAAGGAAAAGGCUAUAUUGGCGGUCAUCGAAGGAAUUCAGAACCGAUUGCCGCCGGAUUUCGACGUUGAACUGGCGAAGGCGAAGUACCCGGUGGAUUACAACGAGUCGAUGAAUACGGUGCUGGUACAAGAGAUGGAGCGAUUCAACAAUCUGCUUCAGGAAAUUCGAAGCAGUUGCGUGAACCUAAAGAAGGGAAUCGCCGGAUUGAUUGUUCUCACCCCGGAGUUGGAAUCGGUGUACAAUGCGAUCAAUUUCAAGAAAAUUCCCGACAGUUGGAUGAGAAAGUCCUAUCCGAGUUUGAAGCCGAUCGGGGCGUACAUUAAUGACUUUUUGGAUCGAUUGGCGUUUCUGGAGGCGUGGUAUCAAACGGGAAAGCCGAAUGUCUUCUGGAUAUCUGGCUUCUAUUUUACACAGGCUUUUCUGACGGCAGCGAUGCAGAAUUAUGCCCGCAAGUAUCGGAUUCCGAUCGAUAUACUGACAUUCGAUUAUCGUGUUUUGAAGGAAACAUCGGUCAACUCGUGUCCCGAAAAUGGCGUCUAUAUCGAUGGACUGUUUUUGGAAGGCGCCAAAUGGAAUCUAAGGAAAUGUUAUUUGGAGGAACAGCUGCCGAAAAUGCUGAUCGACGUCAUGCCGAUUAUACACCUGAUACCUAUCAAGACUGCCGAUCUGGAGGAAGGGAAUCGAUACAAAUGUCCGGUUUACAAAACUGCCGAACGGAAGGGAACACUCUCCACUACCGGUCAUUCGACGAACUACGUCAUCCCGAUUCUAUUGGACACCAAACUGAAUAGCGCUCACUGGGUUAAGCGGAGCGUUGCACUGCUUUGCCAGAGUUCGGAGUAAAUUUAGGAUAACUUAUAACAUUUAUUCAAUUUAUAAUAUUUUCGAAUGGAUUUACAUUUUUGGGCGAUAAAAUA